GGUCGGUCUGCAUUGGUUUCCCUAAAAAGAAAGUAAAAUAAAAUUGAGCAAAAGAAAACAUCACACAAGACCUUUUCCCUAUCCUAUGUAAGGUUACAAGUCGGUAUUCGCAUCCUCUCAGAGUCGCCUGUUCAAACUUGCAUGCAAGUAGUGUGAGCAGUUAGUCCGAGAUACAUAUUGGAUACUCCAUACCUAUAUCCUUCAUUUACAGAUCACGCUCCUGGUUACUAAAGUCCUUCGGGUCUUGUAAUCGAAGGACAGAGAUCAGAAUCCCUUUACUUCGGUCUCCUCUCCUAUUUCCCACGCAAAGAGUCGCACGCAUUGUCCAACUGUUUAUUUACUUGUUCCCCAUUAUGACGCAGUGAUGAUGGUACUAGUAUGAUGUCCGUUGACUUCCUCAACUACCUCGAAGCUUUCAAUCCUCGAAUCAAGCAGAAUAUAUUCUUUACCACAACCAAUAUACUUCGAAUAAUACUAUCUACACCCAUAACAAUCUUACCAAAUCAUUUUUGAACUUACAUUGAUCCUAAUUCAUCAUGACGACAUUUUCGACAUUGGAUGCGUUGACGAGUCUAACCCAAUCCAUACCGGAUUGGAACAAACGACUAGACGACUUAAAUGGUCAAAUAGCUCUACGACAAAUCGAGCUUGCACGCUUGACAGAUCACAAACCUGCACGCUCUGUGAAAAAUAAAGGUUCCACCGAGUCACUACGACCCAAAGACGGCGAAGAAGCCCCCAACGAAUUCGAAAAGCCCAAGCAAACUCCCACAUCUCCCAUCGGCUCCCCCAAACCAGCACAAAAUGGCUUUUCCUCCGAAGCCCGACCCAAUUCCCCAUCCGUAGCUCGAGCCGCUGCUGCUGCAGCCCUCGAAUACAACCAAUCCCCCUCUCAGCCCGCUCCCCAAUCGCCAGAGCCACUCACUCCCCGCGCAUCUCCCAACGCGCUAACCCGGCAAUCCUCACAACCUACACCCCCCACCGAACCCUUACCACGAGCCCCCGCCGUCCUUCGAAAACGCAAAACGGAAUCCCUCGCAUCGGGAAACUCACACGCCCCACGAUACAGAACCAGAUCCAUGAUCAUAGUAUACUACGACAGCGCGGUGCAGACCGCAUUCGAAGAACUCGUCAAAUUUGUGAGCGGCAAUAGGAACGCGAUGAGAAAGGGGAAAAUGGCUGCUAAGAUGGCCGAAAUGAGACGAGCGGCUGAAAUGGAAGCCGAGGAAGAAAGCGACGACGAAUCCGAAUCGGAGGCUUCAAAAGUAUUGGGCAACGCGUUGCUCAAGCCUUCUUUACACCCUCAAGCGGGCUCGGACCGAACUUCCAAUGGCACAACUGGAGAUACUCGAGCGGGAGCAAAACUCAAAUUCACAUCGACGAGAAACAUGGGUUCGACUCGCGAUCGCGUGGCUAUUGGAAAUACGAUGAAUGUGCUACGAGGCUAUCGUCGAGCCGGAGGGGGAAUCGAAGGCGCCGGAGGAAACUCUCCCGAUAUCUUUGACGAGCUCGACAAGGGGCUCGAAUGGUGCCAGGGACAGUGCGAGCACGCUGCUCACCAAUUCCUGCGCGAUGGGGAGUGCAGCACGGAGAUUGAGAAUAUCAAGAGGAGACUGGGAGAAGUUGGGGAGAUGGCCGAGAGGGAGGUUGAAAAGUUGCGGGCGGAGCAGGCGUUGGAAUUGGAAUUAGAAUCGGAAAAGAAAAAAAAAAAUCCGAAUGCUGAUUCGCUUGUUGAUGGAAGGAAAUCUAUCCCGGUCCUAACUCCUGUCUCUCGUGGUCCGGUGGACUUGGAAGUGGAUGAUGCGAUGGAAGUGGAUGAUGAUGAUGAUGACGAUGAUGAUGAUAAUGAUGAUUUUGAUCCGAGGAAAUUGAUCUUUAAACGAUCGGGAGAUAGGAUGCCUUGAACAUUUGGACAUGCAUGUUGAGUUUCUCUAGAAACAUUGGAGUUGUCUUUUUUAUAUUUUUAUAUUUUUUUAUAAAAAGUUAUAAAAAUAUAUAUAUAUAUAUAUAUAAAAACAUAUAUUGAAUGGAGUGAGAUUCUUGGGGUCGGCGUAAGGAUUGCUUGGUUGCUUGCUUCUUGCCGCAUGGAAUGUACGGCGUGAAAAAGUACGGAGGUGGGAUUGCAAAGGUGCGGCAUUUUCGACGGUGCGUAGCAUGGAUGGUUUACAUCCAAGGCUUGGGAUAUAGUUUUCUGAGUUGGAUGGAUGGAUCUGAUGGAUAUGUGAAUGGCUAUCGUCAUUCAUUUGGAUUGGCAUUGGGGUGGAAAAGCGAUGAGUCGUAUACAGAAACAAGAAUGGUGUUGAAUAUUUUUGGACGUAAUCUAAUAUAUCAAUCUCA